ACACUCAGACGUUAACGUUUGACUGUAGCGUUAUAAAAUAAUAUUACACAUUCUUUUCCUUUUCUCUCUAUUUAGUGAGUAUUUUUUUGUUGUGGGUUGCUUUUGAUUCUUUGUUUGCUUUCAAGGAGUGGUGGAAGCUGCUGUUUUACAGAAACAACAGAGCUUUUUUGAGUUAUUGAAGGAGUUAAGGGUUUUGAUAAUUCAGUUGAUCCAUAAGGAAUUGUGCCAAGCCAUGGAGAUCUGUCCAUAGGCAGAGUUGCUUGAUAGAGUAUGAGCUCUCCAUCAACUGAACUUACCAAGAGGAUGGCAAUAUAUGAGCAAUUCCACCAGGUAAGCAGGUGGGGAGAUGUCUUCAAUAGUGACAAUAGUCCAAAUACAGGGUCAUCCACAAUUGUGCAGGUGGAUGUUAGGCUAGACAACAAGGCUGAAUAUAUAUCUUGUGAGCAAGUUGAACCUUCCAGAAGUGAUCAAGAAGCAAACAAGCCCACUGAUAAGAUACAAAGGCGUCUAGCACAAAAUCGUGAAGCUGCUCGUAAAAGUCGUCUACGGAAAAAGGCCUAUGUUCAACAAUUAGAAUCAAGUCGUUUGAAACUAGCUCAAUUGGAGCAAGAGCUUGACAGAGCUAGACAGCAGGGUAUAUACAUAAGCAGUGCAUCAGAUACUGGUUAUUUUGGAUUGUCUGGAACUGUAAACUCAGGGAUCACUGCAUUUGAGAUGGAAUAUGGACACUGGGUUGAAGAGCAAAAUAAACAGAUUUGUGAACUUAGAAGUGCACUCCAGGCACAUAUUACUGAUAUAGAGCUCCGAAUACUGGUAGAAAGUGGCUUGAACCAUUAUUGCAGUCUGUUCCGCAUGAAAGCAGAUGCUGCAAAGGCAGACGUCUUCUAUUUGAUCUCAGGCAUAUGGAGAACUUCAGCUGAGCGUUUUUUCCACUGGAUUGGCGGGUUUCGCCCAUCAGAGCUUUUAAAUGUUGUCAUGUCACAAAUUGAGCCCUUGACUGAUCAACAACAUUUGGAGGUCUGUAACCUUCGACAAUCUUCUCAGCAAGCUGAAGAUGCUCUUUCCCAAGGAAUAGAUAAACUCCAGCAGAAUUUGGCCCAUAGUGUAGCAGCUGAUUUGAGUUCAGGAAACUACAGAGUUCAAAUGGCUGCUGCAAUUGAUAAGUUGGAAGCCCUAGAGGGCUUUGUAAACCAGGCUGAUCACCUUCGCCAACAGACGUUGCAGCAGAUGGCUCGAAUCUUAACAACUCGUCAAGCAGCUCGAGGUUUACUUGCCUUGGGGGAAUACUUUCAUCGCCUACGUGCUCUCAGUUCACUUUGGGCUGCCCGUCCACGUGAACCUGCCUAGUCUGUAAAGAUAGAACUUAGAGAACAAGCAAUUAUAUGUAGGGUGUAGUUCAACUGGUAAGAGAUGGAUUUUUGGUGGUCUUGUUGUAUGAACUACAAUAUGUAUGUGCUUAUAAUUUUUCUAAAGAAACUUCUUGAGCAUAAAACCUGUAAAUACGAAUCCUUAUGCUGUGUAUCAAGAAGAAUUUUAGGUCAUUAAAGUUAGAUUUUCAGGUGUUGUAUAGUACUGUAUUGUUUGGAAGCCGGAGAACUAUAUUAGUAAGCUUGUCUUUACUCUGUUUUUGGCAUUAUUGGACUAUUGAAGUUAGUGGAACAAAAGAUACAUGAUACUAUCAGAUAUUAAGAGAAAAAUGGAUUCUUUCUUCCUGC